AUGACCGAUGAUGAUCACGCCGUGUUGGUUCUUCGAAACCUCUUGUUUGAUAUCUGUAAUCAGAACGGAGGCGGGCAUGGAGGUUCUGCUGUUGGUAUGGCUGCGAUAGGCGUUGCGCUGUACAAAUAUGUUAUGAGGUACAACCCAUCCAAUCCCGAGUGGUUUGACAGAGAUCGCUUUGUUCUCUCGAAUGGACAUGCUGCGAUGUUUCUGUACGCACUGAACCAUCUGGUUGGUUACGACCUCUGGACCAUGGACGAAUUGAAAGGCUACGGAAGUGCGAAGACCGAUGGCUACAGCACAAUCUGCCAUGGACAUCCAGAGAUUGAGGUUCCUGGGAUUGAAGUCACGACUGGUCCUUUGGGACAAGGCGUGGCCAAUGCUGUUGGUCUGGCCAUCGCUUCGAAAAAUCUUGCGGCGCGGUUCAACCAGCCUGGCUUUCACGUCAUCAAAUCUCGUAUCUAUUGUAUGACCGGAGAUGGAUGUCUUAUGGAGGGAGUUGCCCUUGAGUCAAUCGCACUAGCUGGACAUCUGAAGCUUGACAACCUUGUUUUGGUUUACGAUAACAAUCAGGUCACCUGCGAUGGCCCGCUAGACUGGAUCAACACUGAAGAUGUCAACAGCAAGAUGAGAGCUUGUGGAUGGUACGUCCUGGACGUUCACAACGGCUCGUACGACGUGCAAUCAAUCGUCUGCGCACUUGAGCAUUCCAAAAAUGUUCGGGAUCAACCGGUUUUUAUCAACAUCCGUACAGUCAUCGGUGUAGGCACUCCAACUGCUGGUACGGCCAAGGCGCACCAUGGAUCUUUCGACGCAAGUUACGUGGCCGAUUCGAAGGUCAGCGCUGGUCAGGAUCCGUCCAAGACCCAUCAAGUCACCGACAGAGCUCUGGAAUUCUUUCGUGAAUGCAAGACGAGCGGACAAGGUUUGAAUACAGAAUGGCAUGGACUUCUCCAACGUUACCACACAACCCAUCCAGAAUUAUACCAGUCACUGCAAAAGCGCCAGCAAGGCAAGCUAGACGACGGUAUCUUCAAAGUCCUGGACUCUACAGAUACAAGAGACAUGUUGUCUUUGGCUACUCGAGAGUCAAACGGCCUGAUUAUGGAGAAGCUCUGGGAGGCAUGCGAGGCUUUGUGUGGCGGUGGUGCCGAUCUUGCCAAUUCGAACAAAAUCUACCAGUCGGUCACCGAUGUCUUGCUACCAGGAAACUACGCCGGGCGCUACAUUCGAUAUGGCAUCCGCGAACACGCUAUGGCAAGUGUCUCAAACGGAAUAGCCGCCUAUGCCCCUGGUGCUUUCAUACCGGUGACUGCCACGUUUUUGAUGUUCUAUCUAUAUGCCGCUCCCGGAGUACGUAUGGGCGCUUUGAGUCAUCUCCAGACGAUACAUCUGGCAACGCAUGACUCUUUCGCAGAAGGGCAAAAUGGACCGACUCAUCAGCCCGUUGAGGUCGAUUCGCUAUAUCGUGCCAUGCCCAACUUGACUUACUUCCGUCCUAGUGAUGCUGAGGAAGUUGUUGCUGCAUGGCAGUAUGCUUUGACCACACGAACGCGCCCGACCAUGAUUUCUCUGGGAAGAGAUCCUGUUUCUCCAAUUCCAAACACUGACAGAAAACUGGCCCUGAAGGGCGCCUACGUUAUACACGAAACGGAUUCAGCACAGCUCACCCUAGCAAGUUGCGGUACAGCUCUACAACAUGCAGUGACUGCAGCGGAGCUCUUGAGAGCUGAUGGCAUACGCGUGAGAGUCGUCAGUGCCCCAAGCUUGGACAUCUUCGAAGAGCAGUCCCAGUCAUACAAGAGCACUGUCUUCCCUGUAGAUGGGCACCCAAUCGUGAGCGUUGAGGAGUUUGUGGCUACUACAUGGGCUCGAUAUGUCACUGCAAGUGUGAGCAUGACAUCGUAUGGGUACUCUGCUUCGGGUCCCAGCAAUUAUGACCGCCUUGGACUUGAUGGCAAAGGCAUACAUGCCAGGGUUCAAAUGUAUCUCCGAGAUCUGGGUGGACGUAGUGCUCGACAGAAUGGAUGGAGACAGCUUUGA